AUGGAAAAUGGCGUUGAAUAUUCCUGCAUGGACGACGAACCAGUGAUGGAAGGCUCUGGUGAGGAGGUUUCGGUUAAUUCGUGUCCAGAGAAUGCUGAAAGUUCCGAUGACAUCACUGUGGGAAACUUUCUCAUCUGCUGCAUUUCAAAAAACGAUUUCAAAGGAUGUGUGGAUGAGUAUGGUGAUUCAAUAAAAAGUGGACAUUUCGUGCUGGGAAAAGGAUUGCUAAAGUACUGCAAUAUCCAAAGAAAUGGGCUGCGUGCCCGAAUCGAACGCUAA